AUGGCCACUCCAAUGGAAAUGCAACGUAUGUCAGAGGCUAACUUCGAAACCGAUUUAAUCACUUUGCCAAGAUUCUUGCUAGACAACUUAAAGGAUAUCAAGUGUGCCACCGGUGAAUUCACAUUACUAUUAAAUGCUUUACAGUUUGCCUUCAAAUUCAUUUCUCAAACCAUUAGAAAGGCUGAAUUGAUUAAUUUGGUUGGUUUGGCUGGUCAUGCCAACUCCACUGGUGAUGAACAAAAGAAAUUGGAUGUCUUAGGUGAUGAAAUCUUUAUAAACACCAUGAAAGGUAGUGGUAACGUCAAGGUCUUGGUCUCUGAAGAACAAGAUGAUCUAAUUGUAUUCAAGAGUGAAGGUGGUAAUUACGCAGUCUGUUGUGAUCCAAUUGAUGGUUCUUCAAACUUGGACGCUGGUGUCUCUGUUGGUACCAUCGUUUCCAUUUUUAGAUUAUUGCCAGGUUCCACCGGUUCUAUCAAGGAUGUCUUGAGAUCAGGUAAUGAAAUGGUUGCCGCUUGUUACGCUAUGUACGGUGCUUCCACUCAUUUGAUGUUGACCACUGGUAACGGUGUCAAUGGUUUCACUUUGGAUACUAACUUGGGUGAAUUCAUUUUGACUCAAAAGAAUUUGGUAUUACCACCAAGCAGAGAAAUCUAUUCCAUCAAUGAAGGUAACACUAAAUACUGGGAUGACUCCAUUAAACAAUAUAUCAAUAAAUUGAAAGGUGAAGAUGAUGUAAACGCAAAGCCUUACUCUGCCCGUUACAUUGGUUCUAUGGUUGCUGAUAUGCACAGAACUUUCUUAUAUGGUGGUUUAUUUGCCUACCCAGCUGACUCAUACAAGAGUCCAAAUGGUAAAUUAAGAUUGUUAUACGAAGCCUUCCCAAUGGCUUUCUUGGUUGAACAAGCAGGUGGUAAAGCUGUUAACGAUAAGGGUGAGAGAAUCAUGGACCUAACUCCAACUCAUAUUCAUGAUAAAUCUUCUAUUUGGUUAGGUUCCAAAGAAGAAGUUGACAAAUAUUUGAAACACAUUGGUAAAAAAUAA